GAUGAUAAGUGUGUGUCCGCACCCAUUACAUGUACCUGUUAAAAACGUCAACAUGAUGAACAAUUGUGCAAUUUGGUAUAUUUAAUGAACAACAUACAUACAUGAAUACAUAAAAUAUACAUCAAUAACUUUUGUAAACCGGAAGAUGAUGUAUACCUUAUAAGUAGGAGUGUCUUGUCUGUUCUUUUAGUCAGUAUUAUCUAGCACCAACAACGAUACAAGAGCAACAUUAAUUUAUCCAUGCUUACCAUGAAAAUUAAAUAUUUAUUAAAAUGUAUAUUAAUUUUGUGUCUUGCCAGUGCAACAUGCAGUCAAAUUCUCAAUCAUGAUUAUACAAGUAAUGAUACUUUUUUAAAUUCAAAAGUUUUUGGUGAUAUGAUUUUAAUUAAUCGAACAGGUCAAUUAUUUUCACCUGAAAAAUCUUGUGUGAGAUACUGCAUUGAAAAUUCAAAGAAACAAUCAACUUCAAAUGAGCCAACUAUUGAGGACAACUACAUUAACAUUAUUUGGCAAGUUGGCCAAAAACAUUCAACAAACUUAACAACAAAAGCAAAAAUAGAACCUGCAAAUGAACAGCCAAGAGAACUAGGUAAUUCCAACAAUGCAACAGUUGACGAAAUUAAAAAAUGUCAAAUUAAAUUGAAAAUUGAUUGUGACAAGUCAAGCCCAAACAAUCGAGACAAAAUCAACAACAAAUUUAAUGUAUUGACCGAAAAAAGCGAGUAUGGCUAUAGUGAAAAUCAGUUUAACAUUGAGCCCGAUACAAAGGCUAUACGUAUUCGAAUUGUAGGAAAUUUAUCAUGGAUCAUGCUUCAAAUACCGAGCAGAACAAAAACAUCAGAUGAGAUUGAAGUGUCACUUAUGCGAAAUGAUGAGGACAAUUUUGUGGAAAUUCAAACGAUAAAUUCACCAUCAGGUGACUGGCUAUUGAAACUACAAGGAUCAUCUGAUAACGAGAUGUAUAAUUUAUCGAUUAUCCAGAUAAAUGAAGAAUUUGAAAAUACAUUAAUUUAUCAAAAAACUCAAUUAAAUGAUAAACAAAAUUCGUAUGAAAAAGAUCCAAAUAAUCGUGGUGUCGUUAUAUACUUUGAGGAUAAUGAACCAAUAAAAUCACGUAAUGCUGCACUUAAAUAUCCAGAUGAUAAUAUGAACAAUGAAAUGAAAAUGCAAAACAAUUCAGAUAAAAUUAUUUUUAAAGAUUCAAGAGAAGAAUUAUCAAUGCUAUCAGCUGACAAUGAAAUACAACAAAAUGAUGAUUUAGAACUUGAUGAUUUAUCAAGAGCAACAAGUCUUAAUACCAAAACAACAAGACAAUUAAUUAUUGAUAUUGAUCCAGCUACAUCAUUAAUUGCAAAACCAAAUACUGUUCAUCGUGUUAUUUUCACUGUUACCAAUAAUUAUUUGUUAGACUUGCGUUAUUUUUUUACAGCAACAAGCUCAAAGUAUCAAAUAAUUAAUGGACGUUGGGCAAAUCAAUUAUUUCCAUAUGAACAAUGGAUACGUGCUGGUGAAACAAUUACAAUUAAUAUAUUUAUUGAAAUUCCAAAUUUUGUUGUAAAUACUGUCAACAUGGUAUCACUUUUAGUUAAACGACAAAGUGUUGAUCCUUAUCAACAAAAAUCAGCUUAUAUUUACGUCGAGAGUUUCACAAAUCAAAUAACUGAUGCAACAAGUCCAACAAUUGAUUAUACAUUUUAUGAUAAUUGUUGGGGAAAAAGAAGUAAAGAAUAUUGCAGUUACAGUAGAUGGAGUGUUGAAAUGACUGUCACUGAUUCUGAAUCAGGCUUAAAAAAAGUAUCAACACAACCUGGUGGUGUACGUCCAAAGUAUGAUUACAUUGCUGGUACAAAAAAUCCGGUUAAAUUUAUUUAUACAUCAACUUGUUGUUAUUCAACAGUUAAAAUAACAGCAAUAGAUGUUUUGGGAAAUGAAAAUUCAAGAACACUUGAUGUUACAGAUUGGUGGAAUUUAAGUGCAGGAGAAAUAACAGCAAUUGUAUUAGGAUUUAUAAUUAUAAUUAUUUUAAUUAUAAUUUGUGUAUUAAUUUGUGUAUAUUGGUAUCGUAGACGUAAAAGUGCUGAUUUAACUUACACACAAAGAUAUGGAUCACGAACAACUCCUACCAAUCGUGGAACUGAACGUACUAGUUUUUAAUUUAUUUACCUCAUUUCUAUUUUUGUAAAUUUAUAAAAAUUAUUUAAUCAUUUAAAUAUAGAUACUUGCUAUUGUCAUUGAAAUUUUAAAUGUUUAUUUUAAAAAAAAUAUAUGCCUAAAGUCUAAACACGUAUCUAUUCUGUUAUGUUUUUUUUUUAUCUAAAAUUUUUGUUUGUUUAACCUACUUAACUUACUGGGUAAAUAAAAAAUUAUGAAAAAAUAAUUUUAAAAGAAAUGAA